AUGGCGGAGAGCUACUUGAAUCAGAGUGCCGGGUCUCUGCGUCGUCUUCUUCCGUCAAGCAGACAGAACUCACGGCCAACGACCACGUCAGAGUCCAGCCUCCCGAGGCCGCGGCAGAAUAACGUCUCUAUUGCUUGUAAUGCGUGUCGCAAGUACAAAACAAAGUGUUCGGGCGAAAGACCGUCAUGCCGUCGGUGUAUCACUCGGCAGUGCCCCUGUGCGUACACUACACGACCUGCGGACAUACGACGCCAAGUUUCCGACCGACAUCAUGAUAAUUUUCGAGGUCAUUCGACCAUACAUGAAGAAGCAAUUGCUCUAUUGAGAACCCUCCCUCAUCAGCAAGCUCAGGAACUCGUCUCGAGGAUCAGAUCUGGAGGCGAUAUCACAGCCAUCAUUAGCCACAUCAAAGCUGGCGAUGUCUUGCGUCAGAUGGCAACGGUUCCCGAAACCCAAUAUCGAUAUGUGCUUCCGUAUCGGUCCGAAAUGCCUCAAAUAUACGCCCACAACAACCCCUACAUGACUUCAUUGAUUUAUGAAGCUGCGUCGCUUCCCACAGAAACCCCUGCUACAUGUUCCAAUGACAAAGCACGACCUGCGUCGGAACAUCUCCAAAGCCCACAUGCCUUCGAAAGCCUCUAUUUCAAGCCACAUCAUGGGGCUAGCGUUAUUGAACCACUACUUUAUAAUGCAAAGGUGUCAUGGUGGACCUCGGUAUGCGAUGACGACGUGCUCCUACGGGAUCUCCUCGCCGUGUUCCUCAGAUGCGAGUAUCAGUUCACCGCAGCAUUUCAGAAAGACUUAUUCUUGGAAGAUCUGAUUGCCCGAAGGACUGAUUUUUGCUCGUCGUUACUGGUAAAUGUCACUCUAGCCUACGCAUGUACCUGCUACCCUGGAUUCUCUGAUCGCUCGGAGUACUGGAACACUCGAAAGCUGAUAUACCGCUUUCUUGCUGAGGCGAAACGUAUCUGGGAACUAGAAGCUUCCGUGCCGCGCGUCACGACUAUUCAGGCAGGGAUUAUCUUCAGUGUUUUCCACAACCUGUGUGGUCUCGACGAAAUUGGCCAGCCAUACCGGAUUCAUUCUGUAAAGCUGGCGUCGAAGCUGAGUCUCUUCGACGGUGGUCCAAAGGAUAAGAGUAAACGGACACAGAGAGGCUGGGCCUACGCUGCUUGGGCCCUGUACAAUUGGGAAACACUUGUUGCCUUCUCAUUUAGGCUUCACCCCUUAUUGACGAAACCUCCUGAGCUGCCACUACCAGAUCCAGCGGAUGAUCCUGGAUGGUAUGGAGAGAUAUGGCUGCAGUACCCUUUAGCGCGUAGUCUUGUGCCGUCAAACCUUGGUCAAGUCCUACAUGCUAGAUCUCAUUUUCGAGAGAUUAUGAAUGAAUUCUGUGUGGGAGCUCAUUCUGGCUCAUCAGAGGUUGGCCUUCAAUUAGCUGAAGUGCUUUCAGAACGACUGAAAAGUUGGUUCAACGGCUUGCCUAGAUCACUUCAGCCAAGAGCAAUCGUUCUUCCUGCACACCUGCAACUUCAUAUGUAUUAUCACCAUCUGACGCUGGCGAUUCAUGAACCAUUAUUGGGGUCGGAGAAGACCAAAUCGCCCUUUUUACGCGACGUCGUAGCUAAGGCGAAAAUGUUUUUGGGGACUUUGACGCGGCUCUAUUUCAUCCGCCACGGAUUUCAGGCCAUGGACCUAUUCAUUGUCAUACCCCUCAUGGUUAUUGGACUAGACUGCAUCGACUUGAUACAGUCAGAACCUCAACCGCUCGAUCAUGACCUCGAAACCUUGCGGUCAACACUUUUCCUAGUUGUAAACGGCCUCGGCAACCAGAGCCACAAUCAUUUCCUGGCCAACGCUCUUUUCAGAGUUAUUCGAGGACGUAUGCGCCAACAAGAGUUGACAUUGCUGAGAGACACGGUGAACGAGAGCGAAUUGCCUGACAAUAGAGAAAAGGCCCUCGCGCAGGCCGUACGAAGCCACUGGCCAGUAGGUAUCGUUAAAGCCGAUGACGACGAAGAGAGUCAUAUCUUGACUCAUUUGGUGGAAACCUAUGGCGCUUUGAACAUCAACGCUUCAUCGCCUCCAGUAUCUUGA